GUUCCGGUGACACUGCAUGGGCCAUCCUAGUGCCUGUCAACUGGACGAAUAACACCUUGGCAGUAUUAUCUCAAGGAGAUGAUAAGCUAACAUAUAGCGAGAUUGACAAGCUCUCAAUUUCAAAUGUUCCAUAUGGAUCACCCAGUAAUGGCCUAUGUCUUUACUUUGUGGACGUGCUAUGCAUUGAUGAAGGAGUAUGAAAUAAUUGCUACAAUGCGCUUCCACUUUCUUGCUUCAGAAAAGCGUCGCCCUGAUCAAUUCACGGCACGGGCUUUUUGUUCAAGAUCGAUCUUUAACCGGGCAGCACUGAAGAGUAAAGAAGAGUUUGGAAUAGAAGGUUUCCAUAUAAGUCCAUGAAGAAGAUGUUCUUAUUCUUGUCCCUGGUGAUGUAGUUAGUAUAAAAUUGGUGGAAGAAUUGUUAGACAGAAAUUUCUGUGAUAUUUAUUAUAUUUGGAUGAUAAUGUAUGAAUAUUUUGGAUGUUAUAUAAUAUAUGUUAUCGAUGGCAA